CUGGUUUGACGCACUGAUCGAUGUGCGCACUCAGAAAACACUUUUGCACCAAUUACAAGCGAGUGUGAACACUGAGGUGGAGGUCGAACGAGCUGAAUUCGAGAGGGAAAAAACCCACAAAGGCUUUUUCUUGUAAUCGUCGUCUGUGACGGAGCCAGGCGCGUUCUGUGAAUCGAUCCUCUUUUUAGCCAGAUGCCGCAAUUACGCACGGUCGGAGAAGCGCCCGCCCCGCAGCUCCAUCGCCUCCCCCCUCGUCCCCCCUCGUCCCCCCUCUCCGCCGGGGCCCAGUGGUUCGCUCCAGUCGGAGCUUGUGCCGCUGCUCGUCCCCGCCCCUCUGAACCGGCGCUCAGUCGGAGCUGCAGCCCGGUGACCGAGCGCACACCGAGCCUCGCUGCCUGCGCACCGGCCGCUCGCCUCCUCCUCCUCCUCCUCCUCAUCCUCCGCUCGCCUCAGCAUCUUCCUGCGAUUUUUGCCUCCUGCGUUGAUCCCCCACCGUCGUCUCUCCGCGUCUCCACCCUCCCGAUCCGUCCAAUCCGCCCGUCGGCUACUCCGCCCUCCGUCUGUCCGGCGAUGUCGCUGAAGGUCCAGACCAGCAAUGUGACCAACAAGACAGACCCAAAGUCCCUCAACUCGCGGGUGUUCAUCGGCAACCUGAACACGGCGGUGGUGAAGAAGUCGGACGUGGAGAGCAUCUUCUCCAAAUACGGCCGCGUGCUGGGCUGCUCCGUGCACAAGGGCUACGCCUUCGUCCAGUACGCCGGCGAGAGGCACGCCAGGGGCGCCGUGGUCGGCGAGAACGGCAGGGUGCUGGCGGGACAGACGCUCGACAUCAACAUGGCAGGAGAUCCGAGGCCUAACCGAGCUAAAGGCCUGAAGAGGUCGGCGGCGUCUCUCUACAGUGGCUACGAGUUUGACUAUGAUUUCUACAGAGAAGACUUCUACGACAGGUUGUUCGAGUUCCGUGGCAGGGUGUCUCCGGUUCCCCGGGUGGUGCCCGUCAAACGCCCGCGGGUGGCCGUGCCUCUGGUGCGACGAGUCAAAUCGUUGCCGGUCAAACUGCUGGCGCGUAACGCCUCCGUCCUCCCCACCAGCAACGGCAACAGACAGAAAUCAGCAGUGAGAGGUACAGAGCUUCAGGCGAUCAAGUCAGAGUUGACUCAGAUCAAAGCCAACAUCGAAGCCUUGCUGGGCCGACUGGAGCAGAUCACGGAAGACACACGCAUCACCGCCACAGAACUGAGGGCGGCAGACGAGUGCAAAAGUGAAGAGGCGUGGCAGGAGUCCGGCUCCGAGCCGGAGGACGAGGAGCAGCAAAGACAGAACAGCGAGGACGGGGAGGAGGAGGAGGAGCAAGAGGAAGACGAGGAGGAGGAGGAGGAGGGAGAGCACACGCAAGACGACGCCCGGGACCACAUGGAAAGCUGUCGCCUGUCGUCAGAGACGAACUCCAUCCACCCGUGAGAGGUCGUGCGGACCGACGGAGGAAGAGACAAACAGAAAGAGAGAGAGAGAGAGAGAGUGAGGUGGACUGACAGAGAAGCGGAUGAACAAUACGGGAACGUCAUCAUAAGAGCCCGACGUAUACACACACACACACACACACACACACACUAAUUCUCACUUGUCCUACAUCAGUUGUGAGGAUCCUUGACAAAUUUCAUUCCCAACCCCUUCAGCCCGACCCCCGACCCAUCAGACGGGCCUCCGAAGUGUGCGACGACCUGCCAAAAUGUCCUCACAAUGUCAAAACGUCCAAACACAGCCAUAGAGAGACAUGUGCACGUACACACACACACACACACACACACACACACACACACACAGAGUCCAACACCUGUAAAAAACACAGCCGAGAGACAGACUUUGACACUUUAUCAGAGCAAUGGGAAGAUACUAAAAACAGCGGGGUAUUGACAGAACACAUAAAGUGAUUAUCACGCACACGAGAACAGGCUCAAAUCAGAGGAGACGGACACAGUAGUGCGUCGGGGAGCCGCAGGGAGACGGUAAAACAGCGGGCCGCCGUCAAAACGCAUCUUUAAGCGCAGAAAAUUCCGGCGGAAAGAAAUGAAGUCAUCUGCUGCUUCGCAUCAACUGGAAACGACGCGACCGGACAGACGACAGGCGACAGACACAGGCGGUUGUCGAUUCAACUUCAUGAGAUUGCUUUUAGCAGUGAAAAGUGCUCUAUAAAUGAAAUGUAUUAUUAUUAUUGUUAUCAUUAAAACACAUAUAUAUACACGUACAUAAAAACGUGGUUUAAGGUUUAUGUUACCUUAAAAGUCUCUGAUGAUGUGAGAUUCCUGCCCAGCUCUGACAUGAACACUGCAGAUCCUCAUCGUGGCGACUUGUUGUAAAUGAUGAGAAAAAAAACAUGUUGUCAUUUAUUACGCAGAAUGAAUCGCGUUUGAAUUUUUUUAAACUGUGAUAUUAGUUUGGGAAAUUAAUCGAAUAAGUCUGAUAAAUCAUGCGUUCAUGUUCAGAAGUUUAUUGUCCUUGCCACUGGAUCGACUGGGUUCAUGAACGGCCGCUUGUUCACGAGUCGCUGCGAUCUCGACCGCACGAAUCACACGCGGGGGAAUCACACGUGAACGCGUGUGGGGGGUUAAAAAAGAAAUCUGAAAUUCCAAAUGUGGAUUUCGCCUCUGCCCCGGCGCCGUGUCACGCAGUUUGCCGACGCGCAGCCAACGCCGUCUCUUCACCAUAUGUGAAAGACAUUGAGACGUUGAGCUGAGAAGUGUCUCGAUGUGGCAGCGCAGGAAGUCGUGGCAGAUCGCCAGGAGGUCUGUGAUUUGAAUUCUGUCAGAAGAGGCUGACAUGAGGAAGAAGAGAUGACGCGUUUUGCUGCUGAUGACGAUGAUGAUGAUGAGUUGAAUCUGUCCCUGUGAAGCAUCUUCCCUCUCACUCUUUGUCCUUUUCCUCCUGCGAGCGAACGUCCUCCUUCCUUUUGUCUUGAGUCCCUUCCUCUCUCUAUUCCGUCCUUCCUUUCCUCUCAUUGACCCGCUCCCCUGAAGGCCGUUAUUUUAUCCUCAACGUCCGUUCGUGUUCUUUUACUCGCUUCGAAUUCAUUUUCUCUGUCCUCCUCAUUUCACCCGUGUUUCCUUUUCCCUCCUUUUAUUUAUCUGUUAUCCGCUUGUCCACUUUCUCUUUCCCCCCUUUUUUCCCUCUCUGUCUUUUCUUUCGUUGUCGUCUUUGCUCUGCUCCGUUCUACUCUCAUUGAAUUCCUCGACGCCCUUCUCCUCUCUCUGUAACCGAAGUUGGAGACAGUAUUAACGCAGAUCUCGAUCAAUGUCAAGUCCCGUUGUUCUUCUCUGUUCUACUUUUACCCCAAAUUUCCUUUCCGACCCUUUUUCUUUGACACCGAACGGGAAGCACAUGGACUUAAAGGUGUAAUAUGUAACUUCUCUGCAUUAAAAUGUCUAAAAACGACUGGACCUUUAUUAUAGUUAUAGUAUAGUCUUUGUCCCUCCAAUUUUCAUGUUUUCAAACUUCAUUUAAACUAAAGAAAUCGGUAAUACUGAUCAAGAUAUCGGUGCGUUUCAUUUGGUCACCUGUCGGUGGCGUCGCACCUCUUUGCUCGUGCAUUAUCGUUUUUCGGUUUUCAAGAUCUUUGUCAUUUGAAUGAUAUAUUUCGGCAGGACGAAGAAUUUACAAGUAGUCAAAGAAACAAGCCGAGCAAAAUAAAGUUUGUGGCAAAAAACCACUUGACUUUUAACACUGAGUUGCUUCCUUCAGUGUUUCCCCCCGAUGUAAUCCCUGGAUCUGUUGGUCUGUUGGAGGAGGUAAAGAUCUCCUGAACGAUUGACGCUGAAGGAAGCGAGAGAGACCCAACGCAAUUGACAAAAUGACAGACGUGACAAAUGUGCUCGCCUCAAGUCAAACUGACUCGCUGCCCUUCAUCCUAAAGGAGGAAAGUAGAACAGUUGUGUUUUCCAGAAUCAGAGCACGUUCCUGAAGAAGCCAACGGGAAACAGCGAGUUCCUCACGAGGUGGUGAAGACGAGCUUUGACACAAGGUCUGCGAUAAUAACCCCCCCGCUUGGUUCUUCCUCCUCUUGGUUUGACUCGUUGACUUAGUUUAUGAAGUUCACCUUUACAUAAGCUACACUGUAAAUUGUACAUGCCUGUAUAUACUUGUUAUAACCUCAUGAAUCAUCCGCCAUCACAGCAUCAAUUCAUGUAAAGGUGAUCUACAUCCUAAAACCACGCUGUGUUGGUCCUCCUCCUGUUCCUCACUUCUUUUCUCCUCGUGUUCCUGGUGUUAUGAAUAUGAGCUUUGCUGUUAUUUUAUUCUUUUCCGAUGACCUGUGCGCUCCUGUGCGAUGAAGGUGAUGAUGCUGGCUUCUCUUGUCUGUAACCGAGGAGGCCGCCAGAGGCCUUUUACAACACGUGUAAAUAAUCCAAAAUUAAAAAAAAGUUGGAACUUGU